UUCUUGAUCUUCAGGGGUCUGGGAGAAAAUCCCGAGAGACCCGGACUCCUCCAAACGCCUUCAAGAGCGGCCAAGGCCAUGCAGUAUUUUACCAAAGGCUAUCAGGAGAACAUCCAAGAUGUGCUGAAUGAUGCUAUUUUCGACGAAGGCCACGACGACAUGGUGAUAGUUAAGGACAUCGAUAUGUUUUCCAUGUGUGAGCAUCACUUGGUGCCCUUCACUGGAACGGUUCAUGUUGGCUACCUUCCCUGCAAGAAGGUACUGGGACUCAGUAAACUGGUCAGGGUUGUUGAAAUGUACAGCAGGCGAUUACAAGUCCAGGAGCGUCUCACCAAGCAGAUCGCCACCGCCAUCACGGACGCCCUGCAGCCGGCUGGUGUCGGGGUCGUCGUCGAGGCCACUCACAUGUGCAUGGUGAUGAGGGGCGUGCAGAAGACAAACUCCAAGACGGUCACCAGCACCAUGCUGGGAGUUUUCCGUGACGACCCCAAGACGCGGGACGAGUUCCUGAAGCUCAUCCGUAGGUCUUAGAAGCACGUGCCGUAACGCCACGCCUCGCCAGCUCAUCAUGCCAACCCGUGUGUAAAAUCCACGUGCCGUCUGUGUGUGUGUCAGUGCACCUGUAUGAGUUCCACUGAACUACCUCCAAGACAUGCAGAACAUGGCCUAUCUACAUGUGUCUAGAUGUGCUUAGUGUGUGUCCAGUCUGGUUUUAAAUUCAUCGUGAGCUGAACCUACCAAGCACAGAAAUCCCAGUGAAAUAAUUUUUCAGUGUGCCAAUCAGAGGUAUUGUUUCCAUUUGAGGUAUAAAUUAUAAGGCCUGCCUAUUACCCAUCUGCAGAUGUCCUGCAACAAAUCGCCAGCAGGGGUCACUCACAUCUAAAUUAGUCCAGAAGCAGUCCCUUACCUUUACAACUAGCUGUGGAUGCUAACUAGAUGUUUAAUUUCAUUAUGACUGACUGCAAAUGCCACAUUGUCAUGGAUGUAGUUAUGUUAACUGUGAAUUAUAAAAAAGCUGAUGAGUUUUAUUGUGAACACUUUGAGAACUGGACAACCAAACAGUAUAUUAGCAUUGUUAGCAUCCUUUUUAGCAUAUACACAGGUCUGAAUAUGGGGAACAUUAUUAAUAUGUGGCAAGGCCUUGAGAUGAAGAACAUUUUGUGCUUAAGCAGUAUUUACAAUCAUUAAGUAGUGAAUAUAUCGAAUAGUAGUACUCAGUGGUAGUUUGUAGACAGCCAUGUUAAAUAUAUUGGGACAUCAGAAGCUCUAGGGGUGAGUUUUGGUAAGAAUCCAUUUUACACCAGAGGCCAGAUAUGAGUGUCAAGCAAACGUAAGGCCGUAGCAGGUCUGAGAUUCAGAAGUUAAUACUGAAAUCAGCCAAUGUACACAGGCAGUGAAACUAUGAAAUAAACACUGGUGUUUUUCUGACCCAGUAAUGUGUGGUGGCAGCCACAGGUAAUGAUGUUUACAGUGAUAAAGAACAGCUACGGUGUGUGUGUGUGCUGCUACAUCUUUCAGCUGGCUGAUGGCCCCAAGAUGGAAAUGGCUGUUGUACCCUAGAUCAGUGUUUCCCUACCCAGUCCUCAGAGAUCCCCAGACAGUCUGUGUUUCGGGGAUGCCGAGGGCCAGGCUGGGAAACACUGACUAGAAGUCAGUGUUUAACUGAAACUGUAUUUGAAAUGACCAACCACCUCAAUUCAUGUUGCUUUGGACAGAAACAUCUGAUGAACAAGUAAAAGUAAUCCAACUGGUUUAAAUCUGUAUCGUAUAAAAACAUUAAGCACAUCUGGGUACUUCUGUUGCAAAGCAUUGGCGUGUAAUCUGUGUUACUGUAUGUUAUAUGUAAUUUUAUGUCAUAUGCUAUGUGUUUCAUGGCUAAAGGGUAAGAAUAAACCUUAAGAACAUCA